AUGGGCAGAGCAGGCCAGGCUCAUUUCCAUAUAGCCGUCCCGGAUCUAUUUCUGAAUACAAAGUAUAGCAACUUAAAAAUCUACUGCGGCGAUAAAAUAUUUCCCGCGCACAAAACCAUCGUGUGUCCGCAGUCUGAUUACUUUGAGAAGGCCUGCACGGGCGAAUUUCAGGAAUCCAAUGGAAAGAUUGUCCUCGACUCAGAGACGAAAGACGCUAUCCUCAUCGAGAAAAUGCUCGAGUACCUCUACAAGGGCUACUAUGAUUCUCGAUAUGUAAUUCGACAGGAUACGGCCACCAAAAGCCCCUUGAAAGAGGGGAACCAAGUAGUGCCUGAAGCGACACUGGCAGAGGCCAGCGCUACAAAUCACACGCCUUCCAAGUCGACGUUGAAGCGAACUGCAGGGGAUAUGCAGACUGGGAGUAAGAAACAGGCGAAGGUAUCUAGCCACUACGACGUACAGGAUCAAACCAACACAGCAGCGGACCAUAUCGGGGAUCCAAGGCCUUCGUUGGAUGGUUGCCACCCCAGUUACUAUCACUUGCGGAUGUUUGCCGAGGCAGAUUACUUCAAAAUCUCCGGGUUGGAGAGACUGGCCGCCGCUCGCUUCAAAGAGAGCCUUUCUCUUCCUAUGGGAAUGGACCAGUUCUGCCACCUUUUGAAGGAGCUUUAUUCUUGCGAAAUCCCAUACAAACAACUCCAGGAGAUCUUUUUGAAGCAUUUCCGCGUCAGUCCCUCACAGCCCAAGAGCCAGCAUCAUCUGAUGUGGGAAGCCCUGCAAGGCGACUCAGAUUUCCUUCUGGAGCUUCCAGACUUGUUACUACACGUAUGCAAGGCCUUUUUCAAGUGUCCUGGGCAUUGA